GGUGUGGCUGUGAAACUUUCAUGGGCUGUAGUAGUUGCCAUGGGGUUUAAAUUGAGCCGAAUGUGGCCGGUCCCAUAGUUACCGCAGCUGAUCAGUCACUUUCACACGCCUUUCUUGUCUCUCCUGGCUCAGAGAUUCAUCCGCUCGUGUUUGCUCUUUCAUGAGGAGGCUUCAGCUCUGAGGACAAGUGGAGUCUACCGCCCACACUUCAGGUUUCCUGUUUACCUGCUGACUCUCACCGCUUCCAGUGGAUCCUCCAGACAGAGGGCUGACUGUUCUGGCUGAGUGGCUGCCUUCCUCCUCAACCAGGGGAGCCCAGGACUUCCAUUCAUAGAUUUGGAUAAACAAAAGCUGCUGCCAUGCUGCACAAAGCCAUCUCCAGUGUUGUAAAGUUCCACGGCUAUCUUCAGUCGAGAAUUGAUUCCAGGGUCAGGGACUAUCCGCUGAUGCAGAGCCCCGUGCAAAUGACCACCAUCCUGGUGACCUACGUCGCUUUGGUAGUGUACGUCGGACCCCGCCUGAUGGCAAACCGCAAACCUUUCGGUCUCAACAGAGCGAUGAUCAUCUACAACCUCAGCAUGGUUUUACUGAAUGCCUACAUUGUGUAUGAGUUCUUGAUGUCUGGAUGGGCCACCACCUUCACGUGGAGAUGCGACCUCAUCGACCCCACCAGCAGCCCACAGGCUCUCAGGAUGAUCCGAGUAGCUUGGCUGUUCUAUUUUUCAAAGUUUGUUGAACUUCUCGACACGGUGUUUUUUGUGCUGAGAAAGAAGCAAAGUCAGAUCACAUUUCUUCACGUCUUCCAUCACUCUUUCAUGCCCUGGACAUGGUGGUGGGGCGUCACCCUGACCCCCGCUGGAGGAAUGGGAUCCUUCCAUGCCAUGGUCAACUCUGUGGUCCAUGUGAUCAUGUACUCGUACUAUGGACUGUCUGCUGCAGGGCCUCGCUUUCAGAAGUACCUGUGGUGGAAGAAACACAUGACUGCCAUCCAACUUACGCAGUUCAUUCUGGUUUCCAUUCAUAUCAGCCAGUACUACUUCAUGGAGGAGUGCGACUACCAGGUUCCCUUGUGGAUUCACCUCAUCUGGAUUUACGGAGUCCUCUUCUUCUUCCUCUUCGCCAACUUUUGGGUGCAGGCCUACAUCAAGGGCAACCGGCUCCCCAUCGUGGAGCACAAGCCGAAGCAGAACGGCUCCGUCAGUGACUCCCACACUGUGGUGGCCAACGGGAAACACUUCCAGAAUGGGAAUGCUCCCCAUUACUCCAAUGGUAGAUGCAUCAUUGGGAAAGUGAAGGAAAUAUAACUUUUUUUUGAACAAGGAGGCAAUGAGUUCUUUUAGUUUUCCACCUUGAAUAUGCAAUUAAUCAGUCUUAGCUUGUGGCAUAUUUGAGUGGCAGAAAUUACCUCAGAUUUUGUAUGCAAUUCUAGUCUUCUGUGAAAUAUUCACAAUAGGGGGAUAUGAUUGGCAUACUGAUUGCCACUGAUCUCUUUUUGCAACACGAUGUAAGAUGAUGCAUAACUGUGUAAGACACUGAAAAUUGGUGCUCACUGAUAGUAUUCUUCUGCUCAGGCGCGUCCUGCAGCACUGUUUGGUUUGCAUGGCCUUUGUUGCAUGGGAGUAUGGCACUGAUUCCACUGAAGACUAGAACAUGUAAAUAAUUGCUAUUACAUUCAUGCAAAAGAGAUUCAUUGUAAAUGUAUUUAGUUUUUUCCUUUUUAUUUAUCUUUUGAAAUAAAAUGUUUUAGGUAAAGGUUGGUCCUUUGGAAAGCAGUCAUGGUGUGCACACCCUGCCUCAUUUUCUGUUUGGAGGAAUGUUAUACUGUAUAUUACAGUAUUAAGGCAUUUUUGGCAUGUCACUGCUGUACUUAACAAGUCCAGGCAGAUGUGAUGCUGUUGUCUGUACUCAAUGCAAUAGGUUAAUAAAAUGACACUUGAUGUCCUUUUAA